AUGUCAAACCUUGGAAAGUUUAUUGACGGUGCAAAUACACUAUUUAACCGAGCUAGCCAGUUUACAAAUGAAAUUCGAGGAGCUUCUAUCAAGACUCCAUACCCUGAUGAUAUAGUUAUUGACUUUGAUACCGCUGACAAAUUGAAGAAAGUAUGCGAGAAACUUCAUUCUGGAGUCACAGCUUGGCUGAAUCCGAACCCUGCUGACCGUAUGCAGGAUAUGGUUUUGGAGAAAUUUGAUGCAAAGAAGCAACCUAAGUUAACUGCUGCCGAAUUGCUAGGAAAACUGGAGCAAGAUCUUGCUACUGAAAUGUCUCAGGAGUCUUCUAGUGAUCAAUUCGGGCUUAUGCUAUCUCAACAUGGUCAAAUGCAGGCUGAAAUUGGUGCCGCUGAACGGCAACUCAUUAUGGAGAUUCAAAAAGGUUUCCUUUCAACUGCUAAACACUAUCUUGAUGUUGUUUAUCCUUCCAUCAAUACUCAACGAAGAAGUCUUGAAGUUACUCGCUUGGAUUAUGAUGCUUCGAAACAAAAGAAGGAUUCUUGCACUGCUGAGGAUAAAAUUAGACCAUUGAUUGCUGCGUUUGAAAUGAACCAAACCAAGUACAAUGAGGCCCUUCAAAAGACUAGGGAAGUCAAUGCUCAACUCAAGAUGAUUCAAGGUGAUUUGCGUGAGAACUUCAAGGCAAUGGCUUCUGCUCAAGUGCGCUAUUACACUGCUUGUCAUGAACAAUCACGAAAACUCACGGCAAAAUGGGAUAGUUCAAACCUUCGUGCCUGA